AUGGAACAAAGAGACAAACCCACCGUUGAGCUGGCCGAAGAUGUCGAAAUUCAAAAGCACACCACAGACCAAACCCUGGUUGAUAGCGAAGGACGCGUGCAGCAACUGCCUAUUCCCAGCACAGAUCCCAAUGAUCCGUUGAACUUCACGUUUUGGGAGAAGCUGGGAGUGAUCGUGAGCUGCUGCUGGUUUUCGUCGAUGUCCCUUUCUGUGGUCGGUGGAUUGGGAGCGAUUCUGGAUGUUUUCAUCCAGAUGUAUACAGCAGAGGGGCGGAGCGUGAAUGAGGUUGUCUGGUUGUCUACCUUUCCAUCCUUAUUCGUGGGCAUCGGAAACUUCUUGAUUCUCCCUCUCGGAUUGGUUUACGGUCGCCGAUUCGCAACUCUCCUGUCUACCACCAUCCUACUCGCCGCGACAAUUGGAUGUGCCGUGUCGAAUACGUGGGAGCAACAUCUUGCGCUUAGAAUCAUUCAAGGCCUCGCAGCCGGUGCUACGGAGUCGGUCCUACCUCUUAUACUCGCAGAGGUUACCUUCGUGCAUCAGCACGGCAUAGUCUAUGGAAUGUACUGGUGUGCUCAGAAUGUCAUCACCGGUGUUUUGAACCUGGCCAGUUCGUACGAGGUUGCAGCUCUCGGAUGGCGAUGGUAUUACUGGGUUUUCACUAUCGCGAUCGGGAUAGGACUCUUCAUUGUGGUCUUUGCUGGACUUGAGACUUCAUACCAUCGAGGCUCACAGUUCAUGAAUGGCAGACUAGUCCUGACCGAUCAGUUCGGAGUCACUCGGAUACUUUCUGCGCACGAAACCCAGGACUACAUAACCCAAGGCACCGACCAAACCAGCUCCAAUCAGAGCAGCCACAAGAAGUCUUACGUCCAGAUGCUCAAACCCUGGACUCCACCUUUUCAAGGCCAAUCUCUGAUCAAAACCAUACCCCAAACAUGGCUUCACAUCUGCGAAGCUUUCACGUCACCCGGAAUUCUCUAUGCUACACUGCUCUCGUCCGUGGUCCUCGGUGCCUCGGUAGGUAUGUCUCUCUCCUACAAUACUGUCCUCCAAUACAGCUAUCACUGGGCCCCGGAAAACAUCGGCCUCAUUAACCUGGGAGGAGUCUUCGGUGGCCUCGGUGGAAUGCUUUACGCCGGUAUCUUCGGCGAUAAAUUCGUCCUGUUCAUGGCAAGACGCGCACGUGGUAUCCAUUCCCCCGAGCAUCGUCUCCCGCUUCUCAUCCUCCCUGGAAUUCUAUGUAUCAUUACCCUGCUACUUUAUGGCUUCACCGCCGAAGGCGGCCCCAAUCUCACAUGGGGAGGCCCAUACAUGGCAUGGACCUUGUAUCAGAUAGCUUUCGUGUCGGUUUUGAUCCUUUCGACGUCGUUUGCGGCAGAGGCGUGGGAGAAAAACCCAGGUCCUGCGCUGGUAGCAGUGGUCGGGACUAAGAACAUUGUCGCGUUUGCCUUGAGUUAUGGCAUUAAUCCGAUGGUGGAGAAAUAUUCGUAUCCUGUGGCAUAUGGGAUUCUGGCUGCAGUUGUGGGUGGUGUUUUUGUGCUAGGUGCGCCGGUUUAUGUCUGGAACCCGAGGUGGCGACGCUAUAUGGAAAACAAAGGGUGA